AUGGUCUUUCAUAUCGGAAAAGGCAGCUACUUGCCAGCCGUUGAGGCGCCGUGGUUUGGGGGCCCCAGGCUGCUUUCUCCCGAUGCGUUCCGGCAGCUGGACACUCCAGCGGCGCCCUCUCUGUAUGGCAUUGUGCCCAUGGACCUUAUCCACCAGCCUCUACCCAACGUUUGCAGGAUGCCAGACAACGGCAGAUUUGUCCAAAGCCUCUGCCCGGCUCCAAAACCAGCCGACAUGGGCGAUCUCACGAAGUUUGCGUAUCAGCAGCCGUCCGACCAAUGCCACCACCCGAUCUCGGACGAGUUAGAGAGCGAAGCGCUUUCUAAGGUUAUGGACAUGCACUGUGCCUCGACGCCCAACCCCACAAAGACAAAGGACGUCAAGCACAAUAAGCUUGCACCUGGCGCAAAGGAGGUUAACUUCACCACGGCCGUGGACACGCUCAUGAAGGCCAUUCAGAAGCGGAGCAACUCCGACCAGAAUGCGGAUUUGACGCCUUCUGUCACGCCUGAGUCACCACAGUAUCUGCGCCAGUCUCAAGGCGACUCGACCGUGAUUGUGGCCGCCCGGCCCUCGGCCGAGGAGGCCGCGAAGUCAACAAAAACCAUGAAUGCAAGAAAACAUGUAUGCGAUGUUGACGGCUGUGGCAAGUCCUUUUACCAGAGUGCACAUCUCCACACCCACAAACGCGCUCACACAGGUGAGAAGCCAUACGUGAGUACUCACCGUUCAUUUCCAGUCAGCCCCAGCUAA